UUGAGGGUCGGUGGGGACCAGUGGGGACUCGGCUAGUGGAACUUGAAAGUCUUUGGGAGCUGCUCGACUCGACUCACUACAGUUUUCGCUAUGGCGUGUGUAGGGUCGAGUCGGCUCUGUGCUCGUGUAGAGAAAUUGUGCCAGUUCGGACAGUUCGCCCAGUUUCGCAGGAAAGUUUCAACGACGUGUGUUAAGUUUCGACAGGAGUUCCAACAACCGGCUAAGACUGUCGUACAGCACUGCAAGACUGACUCGAGGACACGCAUCUGCAGUAGACUCGAGGGAGUGCGCUCGAUGAGUUCCAUGCAGACGCAGCAGCCAGGAUCGUUACCGGAGUACCAGGUUGAUCCUUACCGACUCCUCGAGGAUGACCUCAAGGAUGUCUACGACGAUAUCCGACAGGCUCUCACGGAGAACACGACGCAGGAGGACCUGAAGACCAUAGCGACCUAUUACUUCGACGGCCAGGGAAAAGCACUGCGGCCGAUGGUUGCGAUUCUCAUAGCACGCGCCAUUAAUUAUCACAAAGAGAGAAGCGAUCUCUUGGCGUCGCAGCGACAGGUAGCGAUGAUUGCCGAGAUGAUCCACAGCGCCUCCUUGAUCCACGAUGACGUGAUCGAUCAGUCGGAUUUCCGUCGGGGCAAACCUUCGGUGAACGUUCUCUGGAGCCAGAAGAAGGUCACGAUGGCUGGCGACUUCAUCCUCGCGGUAGCUUCGAUGAUGAUAGCUCGACUGCGAAAUGAUGAUGUCACUCUCACACUGAGCCAGGUCGUUACGGAUCUGGUGCAGGGCGAGUUCAUGCAGCUGGGCUCCAAAGAAACGGAGAAUGAGAGAUUCGCACACUACCUCACGAAGACUUACCGCAAGACGGCCAGCCUCAUUGCCAAUUCCGCUAAAGCUGUCGCGAUGUUAGCUGGUGCCGAUGAUCAUCUGGCGGAAGUCGCCUUUCAGUAUGGAAGAAACGUAGGGCUGGCCUUUCAGUUGGUAGAUGAUCUUCUUGACUUUGUCUCGUCGUCGGCGGCCAUGGGGAAGCCCACGGCGGCCGAUUUGAAACUCGGCCUCGCCACAGCACCAGUAUUAUUUGCCUGCGAACGAUAUCCGGAAUUGAACCCGAUGAUAAUGCGGCGCUUCCAAGAACCGGGUGACGUGGAGAAGGCUUUCGAGCUGGUGCACAAGUCUCAGGGUCUCGAGCAGACGAGGUUCUUAGCGAAGAAGCAUUGUGUCGAAGCGGCCCGUCUUGCUCAGUCGCUGGCCGAGAGUCCGUAUCAGAAGGGUCUUCUGGUCGUGAGCGACCUGGUUAUUAAUCGUAUGAAGUAGCCUCAAACCUUUCGAUGUUCAAAAACGUCGUAGAAGUCUUGAAUCGACGUGAACGCAAAGUAAGAGAAAUUUGCUGUAAGCGCUUCGGUGCUAAUCGACCUUCCCACAAGAUACACCACCUGGAGAUCUUCUCAGCUCGUGCAGUCGUGUGUGUAUAUGGCUAAGUGUUAAGGAGAAAUGGGAAAGGUUAAAAUGAUAAUUGCGUCCAAGAGUAUAACGAACAUCCGAGAAUUAUGGAGAGAGAAAGAGAGGAAGAGGAGGUCCUCUUCUCGGAGGAAGCAUCGCAGGUUGCGUUGCGCGUCCAAGUGCCUAGUUGCGCGGUUUACAUUAUACUGUUUCUGCGCUAAAGCAAGGAGAAUGAUAACCAACGAGCGGAACGCGAGGCGGCCGCUUGCUCGGUAAUACACGUAUUACCUGAUUCUUAUUAAUAUUAUUAGUAGCCAAUCACCAAUUGUAAAUAAAGUAACGUGUAGGAAUAGUUUAAAAAAAAGAGUUUAAUAUCGGUCGUUGUUUGUUAACACUCGCGCUAUCUAUAUCAGAAGCGUAGGGAUUAUCUCUACUCGCGAGUAUACCAAUUAUCCCUGCCAAUUUUGCAGGAAAAUGUUUAUUAAUCUCUCCAGCCCCACGGCAUUGCUCGAUGUGUUCUCCACUCUUGAUAUUCUUUACGAUAUUUUCGGCCACUUUGGCUCUCUCCAAGUUCGUGUAUUCGCUUUCAAAAAGAUAUUCUUUGAUUCGGUGGAGGAAGGAUCUAACGAAAUUGCGGUGGGGUCAGGGAAAUGAUGUAUUGUCCUGUCGCUCGAAGAGCUACUAGUCCAACGAUGAAAUCAGGACUACAAUCAGGCCAAUUUAUUUCUUAUCUGGUCUAACCUACCAGGUCAGAAGUCGUUCAAUCACUCGUUGAACGUUUAACCACAUCUUGCUGAAGAUAUAAACUGCUCAAAUUCUUCGGGAUUACAUCUAAGAAUGUGUAGAUGUAAUUACAUUACACAAAUAGUUAUCUCGAGUAUCGACGAACAGACGUACAGGAUUAUCCUAUUCUGACGUGUCGGUCAGAUUUUUUAGCUGUACUGUUGUUUUACACUUUUGUUCAGCCACCAUUUCCGGCGGAUGCGUUUGAAAUGGAUUCCGUACGUAAUAUAGUAUAGGAAUAGACAAGUAAUGUAAUAACUUAAUUUAUGAGACGCAUUAAUGUAUAUAAAUACCGAUUGGUAAUUGCGUAAUAUAACGUUGUAAAUCCAUUAAUUGAGAAUGCAAAAUGUAAUUAUGAUCAAAUGUAGAAUCGUCUAGGCUAAGCGUACGAGUUGGCUGAUACGGGAUAAAAUAGAAUUUUCAAUCGUUCCAUACGAUUAGCACGUAUUUAUUUGCUACGUAAUUCAUUGUCUGUGCAGCGUAGAAUUGUUUCUUUCAAAUUAUUGGCAAUCAUUUGAUAUUCUUGUGAAAGAAAAGAAUAUUUUUUCAGAUUAGAUUACUAAAAUACUUGCUCGCGUAAUGCUUGACCAUUUUAUAUUUAUAUUAAAUUAUUCUUAUACGAGUGACGUAGUAGGAAUGGAAGGAAUAUGAAGACUUAAAAAAAUGAUAGAACGUAAAGCAAUUCAUGCAUAAUAUUUUUGUCAGUAAUACGAUGCACACAUUAAAAUCAUGUUACCGUUGAACUACUUCAGAUUAUUUCGUUUAUGGUGCGAAUUAUCAGUUUGCGACUACGAGUCAAGAUUCUUUCGAUAAUAUUAUUUUGAAGUAGAUUUUUCCGAAAUUCACCCCACAAAUCGGCUCUUAAAAAGACGAAAUAGUAUUUUAUGUAUGCAUGAUAAUAUAUACAGAUAAUAGAAGGGAAGAGAGAUGCCACUCGACGCUGUUCGCAUAUCCCAAAGCCACACACAUUCUUAGCAACGAAUGUCAGGAAGUUAGCGAUAGUGUUAUAAUAUCGGUUAAAUGUGUAUAUAUUGGAUAGCCACUGAAGGCUGUCAAAAGCCUUCUAUUCUUCUGGUGUGGGUCGAACAGUUUCAAUACUUUUAACCUACGAAAUAAGCUCGACUAUCUUAAUUCUUGUGUUGGGGGGUAACUAAAUCAACGUUGUAUCAUUACUUUUUAAUAUAAACAACUAAAUUCGAACGACA